ACAAUUAGAGCCCAACAUAGGGGGUGUAUCUUUGCUAGAAAAUGAGGUCAUUUUCAUCGCUUCAUUGUUCCAGGGUAAUGAAUAACUAUAAUUUAUGGGUUUUACUUAUUAUGUGCUCCAUCAAGUUCUAUAGAAAAAAAUCAUAUUUAUUCUUCAUAAUCUCUUAUAAAUAAUAGUCCUAAAGUGAAAAUAAUCCAGAUGUUCACCAAUGAUAAGAUGGGGAAAGAAAUUGUAGGGGAAGGAAGCAUUGAGGUUGGCAAUACCCAUCAAGGACAGUAACUACCAUGGCUUCCAGUGCUUUGGCCAAACCUCAGAUGUGUGGCCUCUUGGCCAGGAGCCUGCGGAUUCAUAUUGUUGGAGCAUUUGUUGUAUCUCUGGGAGUUGCAGUUUUCUAUAAGUUUGCUGUGGCUGAACCAAGAAAGAAGGCAUAUGCAGAUUUCUACAGAAAUUAUGAUUCUAUGAAAGAUUUUGAGGAGAUGAGGAAGGCUGGUGUCUUUCAGAGCAUAAAAUAAUUUUGAAAUAUAAAGAAUUUCUUUGGGCUGAUUUACAUAGACAUUUGUCACUGAUCUGUGUUCCUGAGCUCUGGAUAUGAGUGAUAAAUAAACUAUUAAUAAAUUAAAAAAAGAAAUUAUAAUAGAUUCACAGAAUGGAAUACUGUACAGCAAUUAAAAAAAACAAACUUCUGAUACACAAAACAUGUGGACCAAUCUCACAGAGAAUCUCACACUCCACUUACAUGAAGUGCUAGAAGAGGUAAAAUUAAUCUAUGGUGAUGGCGGUCAAAAGAAUGAUUAAGUUAAUUGUGUACAGAUACUGUCAGGGAAUGAUCACACGGGUGUCUGAUAUGAACUGAAUGCUCCCCAAAUUCCUUUGCUGAAGCCCUAAUACUCAAUGUUAGAGCUUCAACAUGGUAUUUGGAGUAACAAUUUCAUGAGAUAAUGAUGAGGGAGCUCAAGUGAUGGCAUUAGCAUCCUUACAAGAAAGGGAAGAGGUACCAGCACUGUCUCUCUCAACCACGUGAGAAUAUAGUGAGAAGGCAGUCAUCUGCAAGCCUGGAAGAGAGAGAAGGCUGGCACCCAGAUCUUGCACUUCCAGCUCCCAGAACUGUGAGAAGUAAACAUCUUUUGUUGCAGCCCCCCAGACUAUGGUAUUUUAUUGUUGCAGACCAGGCAGACUAAGACAGUAUCUAACAUAGGUAAUUUUUUUUUUAAGCUGUAAACUUUUGACGACAACACCUAUGCACUUUACCUUCAGUAUGUGUGUACACUGCAAAUAAAAAAGAAAUACAAUGUGUGCACACACACGCAUGAACACACACACACGAGGGAGGUGCCAUUGCCUCCAAGAUUCCACCCUUCUAUUUUGCAGGUGGUUCAGAUGUCUAUCUGAUAUCUGAUCCCAGAGGAAGAGUCCAUUAAAUGUGUUUGGUGAACAAAUGAUUCACAAUGCUUGUGUCCUGAAUAGACUCCUUUUAUCUGUAUAUAUGUUUAUCUCUUUCCUUGGACCAUGAGGUCCGUGAAGUCAGGGACCCCUUCUAAGUACGCUAUUUACCCAUGUGGCUGGGAUUUAGCAAAAAUUAGAUGAAAUGAAUUACAAUAAAUUGAAAUAGGCAAAACUUGGGAUCACUCUGGAUCC